CGGCAGCGCAGGAACAGCUGGUGCCUCCGAAGGCGGCCGGCGAGCGGACGGCGGUGGGGCGCUGGUGGCCCGCCGCGCCACGCUGCGGGAGCCGCCGCCGCCGCCGCCUCGCGCCACUGCACCAUGUCGGCCCAGCUGGAGCGCUGCGAGCGCGAGUGGCAGGAGCUGGAGGGAGAAUUUCAGGAACUGCAGGAGACGCACAGGGUCUACCGGCAGAAGCUGGAGGAGCUGACCGCGCUGCAGACGUUGUGCAGCGGCUCCAUCCGCAAGCAGAAGGCGCGGCUGAGGAACCUGAAGCACGCGCUCCAGAGGUACAAGCGCCAUGCCAGCCAGGAGGAGGCGGAGCUGGUUCAGCAGAUCGAUGCCAGCAUCAAGGAGCGGCAGAACAUCUUCUUCGACAUGGAGGCCUACCUGCCCAAGAAGAACGGGCUCUACUUGAAUCUGGUCCUCGGCAACGUGAACGUGACCCUCCUCAGCAACCAGGCCAAAUUUGCCUACAAGGACGAGUAUGAGAAGUUCAAGCUCUACCUGACCAUCAUCCUGCUCCUGGGUGCUGUGGCCUGUCGCUUUGUCCUUCACUACAGGGUAACGGACGAAAUCUUCAACUUCCUGCUCGUGUGGUACUACUGCACCCUGACGAUCCGGGAGAGCAUUCUCAUCAGCAACGGCUCCAGAAUUAAAGGCUGGUGGGUGUCUCACCACUACGUGUCCACGUUCCUGUCCGGAGUGAUGCUGACCUGGCCUAACGGACUGAUUUAUCAGAAGUUCCGAGACCAGUUUCUAGCAUUUUCCAUCUUUCAGAGCUGCGUCCAGUUCCUGCAGUACUAUUACCAGCGGGGCUGCCUCUACCGGCUGCGGGCUCUGGGCGAGAGGAAUCAUCUGGACCUCACGGUGGAAGGGUUCCAGUCCUGGAUGUGGCGGGGGCUCACCUUCCUCUUGCCUUUCCUGUUCUGUGGCCAUUUCUGGCAGCUCUACAACGCGGUCACGCUGUUCGAGCUCUCCAGCCACGAGGAAUGCAGAGAAUGGCAGGUGUUCGUGUUGGCGCUCACGUUCCUGAUCCUCUUCCUGGGCAACUUCCUGACCACACUCAAAGUCGUGCACGCCAAACUGCAGAAGAACAGGAGCAAGGCCAAGCAGCCGUGAGCCUCGGGACGGCGCCCUGGAGCCCCGGACUCUGAGACUGUGGGGGGUCUCAGGCGGCACCCCGCUGCCGACUCCCUCCCCAGCGGUGCCAGCGGCCACUGGCAGCAGUGACCUCAAGGGCCAGCAGCCUUGUGGGGAGCAGGGCCAGGGCCUGGACCCUGACGGGACCAGAGGAACAUGACCCCAGCCCGUCCUCGCAGUAUUAGCCGUCCCACCCUCCCUAUUUAUGACGUAUUUAAUGUGGGUCCUCCCUGGGACCUUCCGCCUUCCCCAGCUGCUCCUGGCCGGACUGGGGGGGGGGCUUCCUGGGAGGAGGCUAAGCCUCAGGGAGCCCCCCUGUCCCCACUCCCGUCACUUGAGCCCCUCAGGUGGGGUGUGGACAUGCCUCCUGGGGGUGGAUCUAUGACCUGCGGCUUAGAGAGCCCCCUGGGGGCGGGAGGAAGCCCCUGGUCGUCCUGCGGCGCCCCGCUCCCCAGGCGCACGCUUCUGCUGUAACGAGCUCCCACCUCCUCCCGGCCUCCGUUUCUGUGUGGGCCGGUAUUUAAGUGCUCUGAGAACCACUG